UGGGUUUAGAAACUCCUGGGAAUGUCCUGACAGUGGAGGAGCCCGUCUCUGCUCUCUGGUUGCACUUUAUUCACCUCUAAACUGAAUGUGAACUGUCUCUAAAGGCAGGAUGGAGGCGUGUAUGAUUAAGCCAGAAGUCAAAAAGAAACCAAAGCCGCCUAAACCUCCUCCAAAGCCUGCAGAGAAAAAAAGAAAUGACCCGCAGAGACCAACUCCUCUGCGGCCUCCACGACCAUCAGACAAUGAACUGAGUCAGACACAAUAUCGGAGGAAAAAAACAGGAGCAACAAACACUGAGACUAAUGGAGACUUGAUACAAAGAAAGACAAAAGAGGAACCGGUUGAAACUCCUGUGGUUCCACCCAGACCCACAGAAAAGGAACUGAACGCUACAACCAGAUACAGCCAACGUAAGAGGGGACAAGCUGAGGAGAAACAGAGCUCCAGAGAAACGGACCAAUCAGAAGUUCCCAAAGAUGAAACAGACUUCAAACAGAGUAAUCAGUUGGUCCAGACUGGAAUGUUCCGACGGAGCCAAAAAGAAAAAACUCCUACGUCCACUAGUUAUGUGAAUGACGAAAAAACUGAUAAUGUCCCAACCAAACAGGCUCCUGGCAGCAAAUCGGGCGUUCUGAAGGGAGUAAUGAAAGGGUUGCAGUUCAAGUCGUCACCAAAGGCCAGCAGAGAGCCGAGUCCAGAUCCCAGUGUGGAGGAAGCCGGCUCAGAAAAGGAACAAACUGCAGAGAAAAACAAGCAGGAAAAGAACACAGAACCAAAACAGGACAUAGGAGGUCUGAUCGCUGGAAUGUUUCGGAAAACUCCCAAAGAGAGAUCGUCAUCUCCUUCAGUGACGGUCAGCAAAGCGGACAGUGAUCCUGAAGAUACAGAAGAAACUGAAGAGAAAAGUUCAGAACAAUCCCACGAAAAGGGAGGUUUCUUCUCUGGCAUCCUUAAAAAAUCCAAUAAAACAACAGAUGAGACACCGGCACAGGAUAGUCUGAGUGUUAAUAGCGAGCUGUCUGCCAGCAGUGACAGUCUGUCUGAAAACAGCAACAAGGAAAAAGGAGGAAUAUUCAGUGGGAUGUUCAAGAAGUCUCCGAAACCAGCCGAAGCUGCUCAGACUGACGAGGACCAACAGUCUCUACAUGAUCAUCUAUCAGGCAGCAGUGAUAAUCUGCCUGAAAACUCAAAGGAGAAAGGAGGAUUUUUUAGUGGGAUCCUACGGAAGUCUCCAAAGAUUCCUGCAGAGGGAACAGCUGAGCAGGAUAAACAGUCGCUGCAAACGGACCCAUCGGACAGUAACGAGACCCAACAGGAGAACAACACCACUAAAGAGAAAGGAGGCGUUUUCAGUGGCAUGUUCAAAAAAUCUCCCAAACUGUCAGAGGGCCCUCGACUGGAGCAGGGUGCAGAGUUGUUACACAGCGAGCUCUCGGCCAGCACUGAUAGCCUGUCGGAGAACAAGGAGAAAGGCGGUUUGUUCAGUGGGCUCCUCAGAAAGACUCCCAAAACAACUGGAGAGGAGAAUCCGUUGGCACAGGAAGAUCUUUCAGCCAGCAAUGACAGCCUGUCUGAGGCUGGCAACACUAGGGAGAAAGGAGGUCCGUUCAGUGGAAAAUUCAAGAAGUCGUCCAGACUUGCAGACGGUCCUCCCACAGACGAAGAAAAACAGUCACAAGAUGAUGAGCUUUCAGGCAGCACUGAAGCUCUGUCUGAGAACACCAAAGAAAAAGGAGGAAUAUUCAGUGGAUUAUUCAGGAAGGCUCCAAAACCUGCAGAAGCUACAAAACCUGAGGAGGACGAGUCUCCCGACAACGAGCUCUCAACCAGCAAUGAGAAUUUAUCUGAGAACAAACAGGAGAAAGGUGGACGGUUCUUCAGCGGACUCUUGAAAAAGACCCCUAAAGCGUCUGGAGAAAGGACAGAAUCACCGGACAGAGAGGCUCAGAAAGAGCUGUCGGCCAGCAAUGACGACCUGUCUGACACUGACACCACAAAGGAGAAAAACAUUUUUAGCAACAUGUUUAAGAAGCCGCAGAAACCAGCAGAGGGCGCUGCAGCUGACAAGGAGCUGGAAGUGAACAGUGAAAAUCAGUUAUAUGGUAGCUGUGAGAACCUGACUGACGCCCCCAAGGAGAAAAAAGGAGGCCUGGCUGGCAUCUUCAAAAGAUCUGCCAGCAUCGACAACCUGUUUGACGAGGAGAAAGGCGGGCUGUUCAGUGGACUUAAAAAGAAAACUCCCAAAGCGUCUGAAGAUGAGGCGGCUGCAGAGGACAAAGACGACCAGAACGAACUGACAGCAAGUAAUGACAGUCUGUUUGAAAACAGCAACUCCAAGGAGAAAAGUAUUUUCAGUGGCAUGUUUAAGAAGACUCACAAAGCAGCAGAGGGGGCUACAACAGAUGAGGACACAGGAGAGGAGAAGAAGUUAUCUGCCAGUUGUGAAAAUCUGUUGGAAGCAACAACAUCAAAGGAGAAGAGCGGAGGACUGGCAGGGAUCUUCAAAAAGUCUCCCAAACCGGCUCCGCGCUCGAUCGCUACUAAGGAUCCUCUCAGCGACUCAAAGGAACUGUCCACCAGCUGCGACAGCCUCAUAGAAGCAGAGGACGAUCUCGGUGAAUUGUCGAACAGUACAGACAAUCUCUGUGAAGCUACAAGCGCCACAAAGGAGAAAAAAGGAGGGUUCAGUGGAAUUUUCAGGAGGACGCCCAAAACAAUUGAACAUCAGGAAAGUGAGGAUAUGGAGGCGCCAGCAGGAGGCGGGCUGAGACGCAGGAGAACCAUCAAGAAAAACAGACGAGUUGUGUCCUUCCGAGUCAAGAAAACUCUUCCUAAAUUACCCAAACUCAAUCUAAGCUCACAGAGUUCAGAUAAGAUGCCUGUUCUUGAUGAGGUUGUUGAACUGCAAGAGCUGAGCCCAGCACCGGAGAGCUCAGUAGAGGUGCAGCCUGUGGAGAUGGCAGCUUACCCUACUGAGGACAACCUUCUCGAAUCUGAGGAGGAGAAUGAUGAGUUGAUGGAGUGGUGGAACACAGUCAAAGGUUGGGCUGAGUGGAAUGAGACAUCUAAUUUCCAGGAGGAUGAGGAGGAAAUGGCAAUGGAGCAGGCAGCUGAUCGUGUCUACAUGGCAGCCCGUCUGUUUGUGCGUCUCUUCAACAAGCGGGGGGCGUCCUUACAACAACGCAUCCUGGAGCUCUUGGCCCUGGCCGACGCCGCAGAUAUGUUCCACAAGAAAACGGUGCAAGCUGCUGUAGGUGGAGGGGUGGCCAGCGUCGCAGGCAGCAUCGCGACAAUCACAGGCCUCAUUCUGGCACCUUUUACUUUUGGAGCAUCUAUUAUCGUCACAGCGGUGGGGAUCGGUGUGGCGACAGCAGGCAGCAUCACCUCAGCAACGGCCAACAUUACAGACACAGUUCACUCCAACAUGGACCGGAAGAAGCUGGAGAAGAUGAUCCAGGGCUACCAGGAGGAGAUCAAAGACAUCAGAGAGUGUUUGGAGUUUGUGCAGGACGGUAUGGACACCCUGCAGGAGUGGGACUUUGAGAAAUACUCAGAGAGUGCUGCCAAAAAGGCUAUGAACCACAACCUCAAGCAUGUGAUGAAGGAGGGCGGCCGUGCUGGAAAAGCCUUGAUGAUCAACACCGACAAGCUCAUCAGCACUGUGCAGGUUUUAGGCGCUGCAGGCGGCGCCGCCAAAGCUGCCCAGGCCAUCAGCGUCACCACGGGGGUCAUGUCGGCCCUCUUCUUGGCUCUGGAUGUCUUCUUCCUCGCCAAAGACUCCCACGAGCUCCGCAAGGGCGCCAAAACUAAGUUUGCCACCAAGAUCAGGGACGUGUGUAAAGAGCUUCAAGACGGCCUCCUGGAGCUGAACAAGGUGAAGACGCAGCUGCAGAAGACGAUGGACGGCAUCGAGGUGGAGGAGUACGAGGAGAUCGAGGAGGUGGAGGUGGAAAUCGAAGACGAUUUUGAGUCCGACCCAAAGAAGAUGGCUGAGCUGGAUCAGGAGCUGGACCUCCUGGAGGAGAAACUGGACAAGAAGGUGGAGGAGGAGCAGAAGAAGAGUACAGAGACGGAGAAGGAGAAAGAAAAUCUGAAAAGUAAGAAGGAUAAAAAGGAGGAGAAGAGCGUGAAGGAAAAGGUGGAGCCCGAGGAGAAGAAAGAGGAAACGGGAAAGGAGGAGGAAAUGGGAGAAAAGGAUGCUAAGAAAGAGGGAAAGAAGGAAAGUAAGAAGGGAAAAGGUGAGGGAGGAAGCAAGUUUGAGUCAAAAUUAGAGAAGAUUUCUGAUGAGGAAAAAGAGCAGAAAAAUGAGACUGUCAAAGCAGAGAAAGAGGACGUUUUAAAAGAACAAUCUCAGAAAGGAAAGAAGGACAAAGAAACUGAGAACCGAAUUACAGCUAGAAAAGAAAAACACGAGAGCCAGCGAGACAAGGCAAAGGAAGACAGUAGAACAAAUAAAAAGACAGAUGAGAAGGAAAAGGAGAAGAACAAGACUGUUAAAGAACAGGAGGAAAUUAAGAUCAGAUCAGGCGAUUCAAAACGAGAGGACCGGAGUGGGAAAGCGUAUUCUGAGAGGGUGAGGCCGGAGAGGGAAAGUGAAAGGAGCAGGAGCAGCAGAGAGGAUGAAAGAGCGACGACCAGAGAGAAAGAGGCGGAAAGUGGGAGUACGAGGAGGCAUGGCAGCAGGAUCAAAGACCAUCACAGGAGUGAAAGCGGGAGCAAACACGAGACGAAAGAAACAGACAAGGGAGGUGGCAGCAGCAGCAGACACAGUGACAGGAUGGAGAGCUGGAGGAGGACAGAGGAGGAGAGAGGAGUGAGGGACUGGAGAGCUGAGAUUUCAAAAACUAGAGAAGAGAAGAGAGAAAGCAAGGAAGGAAGAGAAUCCAGGAGGGAUGCGGAGAGAGGGACGACCAGGGAAGAUCAUGGGAAAGGCGACGCGAGGAGAGAGUCGCAUCGGAGUCACGAAACGGCAUGGAGGAGGGGGGAGCAUUCGGAGAGAGAGUCGGGGAGCCGCAGGGAGGACUCAAAAAGGAGUCGCCACAGGAGAGAUGACCAGAGGGAGACAGGGGAGGAGAAACGAGGGAGCAGGAUUGAGAGCGCGAGGAGGCAGUUUGAGAGAGCAGGGGCUGAGGAGGAGAAGGAGAAGGAGAAGGAGAAGGAGAAGGUGAAGAGGAAAGAGGAUGGAGAGAGUCAGAGGAGGGACAGAGAGAGGAGAGGAAGUGACAGUAGACACAGCCACCAGGGAUCUCGACCACGAUCCAACGCGCAGAUGGAGGACGGACUUUAUAUUUAAUUUUAAAGAUGUUCCAUGAAUACACAGUUAUCACAUUAAACGUUAGGUUUAUUUUAAGUUCAGCGGCUGUCAAUCAACAACAAAAAAGGAGCAUUUCUGAUAUUUCUUGGAGACCUUUUUUCUUCCUUUUAAUAAUACAAGACUGUUACACUACAUUAAAAAAACUAAAUUUAGAUGAGAUUUCAGCUGGACUGAAACACAACACACAUGUGCCAUAUGUACAUUGAAGGAGUUCAUCCUGCUAACAUCCAUCCAAAAAAUCCUAAAGUCCUCAUUCUUAAAGUUCAACCAGUCAAACUAUUUGGGUAUCUUAGAAAUCUUUUUAGUCCCAAAUUUUUGCAUUUCUCCCAGGCAAUGUAUCCUUGCUGAGUUGCAGCAAAAGGAAACUUAAGAUAAAAACCCCUUGAUGGUGAAAGGUACGGUCAUAUUAUGCUUACAUAAUGUCACGUUUCUGAGGAGUUGAGUAGGAUUCAUUGGCAUUUAGUGGCAUACUUGCAGAUCCAGUGUUUGGUUUGUCCCUUCUGGGCUACUGUAGAAAUCCUGGCAGUUCAACACGGCGGCCUCCAUGGAAGGCGACCUGCUGCAUCUAUAUAUAUUCCUAUAUUCCUCUUAUCUGUCCUAUAUUCGGGUGAUUAGACACUAAUGAAAAACUACCUGUUAACAUCAUAUUCCUCCUGAAUGUUACACACUGGACCUUUUUAACUAAACAUGAAGUUCACAGAAGAUAUUUGCCUUGUUUUCACAUUAUAGGUGUAACUAAUAACAUUAUUAUUGAUGUACUGAACUGCAAUCAUUGCUGGAAUUGUGCCAUUGUUACUGUUAUCGGUAUCACCUGUGCUUUUUCUGCUAAGUCAAAAUGUUCGCUGUGAAAAAGGUCAUUGGAUCUGAUUCAGUAAUCAGUACUGGCUAUCAAGACUUAGGUUUGUAAGAUUUACUUAAAACAACAUGUAAAGUUGAAGAUUGUUGUUGGUUCGAUCCCCGGCUCCUCCUGCCACGUGUCGAAGUAUCCUUGAGCAAGAUACUGAAGCAAGAUACUGAACCCGCAA